UUCUUCAUUCUCUUUUUUCAAAAAAAAAAUCAAGAAAAUUAAAAUGAAAGGCUUCGGGAACUCGACGAGUAUCAUUCCUAAUAUUACUCUUUCUUUUAUUUUCUUUUUCGUUUGUUAUUUCCAAGACGUGCUUGCGGCUCCUCCUACUACUAGGCAGUAUUUUUUGUGUCGUCCCGAACAAAGGGAUGCACUUCUCGCUUUCAAAAACGAGUUUGAGAUUGGAAAGCCUAAUCCUUCUUGUAUGACUUUUAAAAUCGAAUCUCAUCGGAAGACGGAGUCAUGGGCGAAUAACAGCGACUGUUGUAGUUGGAAGGGAAUCAAGUGCAAUGCCAAGUCCGGAGAUGUGGUCGAGCUAAACCUUCGCUGCAGCUUUCUCCAUGGACGGUUACAUUCCAAUAGCAGUCUUCAAAACCUUCCUUUUCUAACCACUCUUGACCUUUCAAUUAAUGCUUUUAAUGGUCCAAUCCCUUCUUCGAUUGGAAACCUUCCUCAACUCACCUAUCUCAUCCUUUGGCGAAAUAAUUUCAGUGGUCGGAUUCCAUCUUCGAUUGGAAACCUUUUUCAUCUCACCUCUCUUCGACUUUCGAAAAAUAAUUUCAGUGGUCAAAUCCCAGAUUCCAUUGGAAACCUUUCUAAUCUCACAUUUCUCUCCCUCAGGUAUAAUCAUUUCAGUGAUCGGAUUCCAUCUUCGAUUGGAAACCUUACUCAACUCAUCUCUCUCGACCUUUCUUUUAAUCAAUUGUCUGGUGAAAUACCAUCUUCUUUUGGCAAUCUAAACCACCUGACCAGAAUAUAUGUUGUUCGCAAUAUGCUCAGGGGCAACUUUCCCACUGUACUACUGAACUUGACAGGGCUGUUUGUUUUAUGUAUCUCCGGAAAUCAGUUCAGUGGUGCGCUUCCUCCGAAUAUCACUUCACUCUCAAACUUGAGAGAUUUUGAAGCAAGUGAGAAUGCUUUCACUGGAACUAUCCCUUUUUCUCUCUUCACCAUUCCUUCUUUGGUUGUAUUUGAUUUGAGUGAUAACCAACUCAACGGCACUCUUGAGUUUGGUAAUACAUCUUCUUCACCAUCUAACCUAUACUUGUUAGACAUUGGCAACAACAACUUCAAAGGGCCAAUCCCCAGAUCCAUUUCCAGAUUAGUCAACCUUUCGAGACUUGACCUUUCUCCUUUCAACACCCAAGGCCGCCCAGUUGACUUUAGUAUCUUCUCGCCUCUCAAGUCACUCGAAUAUCUUGACAUAUCCUAUUUGAACACCACCACUACGAUUGACUUGAAUGAUAUCUUUUCAUAUUCCAAAAGCCUCUCUUAUUUAGAUCUCUCAGGCAACCAUGUUUCAACAGCAAACAAAAGGUCAGUUUCAAAUCCCCUUUCACAGGAGAUAUAUUCUUUGAGCUUAUCAGGUUGCGGUAUCACCGAGUUUCCAGAGCUCCUAAGAAGCCAACAUGGAAUGACGUUUCUAGACAUCUCCAACAACAAAAUCCAAGGUCAAGUUCCUGGCUGGUUAUGGACUCUACCAAAUUUGGAGUACCUGAAUCUUUCCAACAACACUUCCAUCGGUUUCCAAAGAUUAAAGAAGAAACAAGGACUAUCCUCUGUCUGGAAAGCAUCUAUACGGUACUUGCUUGGCUCCAACAACAACUUCAUGGGCAAGAUUCCUUCUUUCAUUUGCGCAUUGAGUUCUUUAAGCGCUCUCGAUUUAUCUAAAAACAACUUGGACGGUUCAAUCCCUCAUUGUUUGGGAAAUCUCAAUAGUACUCUUUCAGUUUUAAACCUUCGUCAAAAUAAUCUUAGCGGAGGUCUUCCAGAGGAUAUAUUUGAAAGCCUAAGGUCGCUUGACGUCGGUCAUAACCAACUUGUGGGAAAGCUUCCUAGAUCUUUGAAUCGUUUCAGAAAUCUUGCAGUUCUAAACGUGGAAAGCAACAAAAUCAACGACAUCUUUCCGUUCUGGUUGAGUUCUCUACAAAAGCUACAAGUUCUUGUCCUUCGCUCCAAUGCAUUCCAUGGACCAAUACAUCAAGCUUUCUUUCCUAAGUUGCGAAUUAUCGACAUAUCGCAUAAUCACUUCAAUGGAACUUUGCCAUCAGAUUAUUUUGUGAAGUGGAGUGCCAUGUCAUCACUUGGGACAGACGAGGAUCGGUCGAGUGUAAACUACAUGGGAUCAAGCACUUACUACCAAGAUUCAAUGGUUUUGAUGAAUAAAGGUGUAGAGUUGGAGCUAGUACGUAUUCUAACAACCUACACAGCACUUGACUUUUCAGGAAACAAGUUUGAAGGAGAGAUUCCAAAGUCUAUCGGUCUAAUGAAAGAGCUUCAUGUGCUCAACUUGUCAAACAAUGCUUUCACCGGCCAAAUGCCUUCAUCUAUGGGGAACUUGACAGCUCUCGAGUCGCUAGACGUUUCCCUAAAUAAGCUCUCAGGAGAAAUUCCACAAGAGCUAGGGGACCUCUCGUUCCUUGAAUACAUGAACUUCUCUCAUAACAAGCUUACAGGACUAGUACCAGGGGGCACUCAGUUUCGAACGCAGCCUUGCUCUUCCUUUGGAGAUAAUCCGGGACUUGUUGGCUCUUCUCUUGACAAAGUUUGCAGAGAUAUUCACAUGCCACCGUCGCAUCAACAAUAUGAAACGCCGGAAUUAGAGGACGAAGAAGAAGUGAUUAGUUGGAUAGCAGCUGCAAUAGGAUUCAUACCUGGUAUUUUCUCUGGUUUAACGAUUGGAUACAUAUUGCUUUCCUACAAGCCAGAGUGUUUCAUGAACCCUUUUGGCCGAAACGUAGACGGAGAAACACCACAACUCAGUAGACAGGUAGGAACGACUCGAUCCCUGUGUGAUAAUGUUCCUAACUUUUUAACGAAUGUUUUUAGCAAACAUUAG